ACAAACCCUAAAACCCUAAACCUUCUUCUCCAAUCUAUGUUAUUUUCUGAUUAGGGUUUGAAACAUCAAACGACGUCGUAAUGGACAAAACUCAAGAAACCAAGUGGAAAGCAGAGGAAGUGAUAGGUGGCAAUGCAGAAGCACUGAGAGCCUUGAGGGAACUCAUCAUUUUUCCUCAUCUUUACAUUCAAGAAGCCCAAAAACUGGGUCUCAAGUGGCCUAGUGGAUUGCUAUUACAUGGACCUCCUGGUACUGGGAAGACAAGCUUGGUUCGAGCAGUUGUUCGUGAAUGCGGUGCACAUUUGACCGUUAUCAGUCCCCAUUCUGUCAAUCGUGCACAUGCUGGAGAAAGUGAGAAAAUUUUGAGAGAGGCUUUUGCUGAAGCAUCCAAACAUGCAAAGUUGGGCAAACCAGCAGUUAUUUUUAUAGAUGAAAUUGAUGCAAUUUGCCCUCGCCGUGACUCUAGGCGUGAGCAAGACAUUCGUGUGACUUCUCAGCUUUUUAUGCUAAUGGACUCCCAAAAUUCCUUAUCAACGUUUAUGCCAAAAGUUGUAGUGGUUGCAUCAACGAACAGAGUAGAUGCAAUUGAUCCCGCGUUAAGAAGGUCAGGGCGUUUUGAUUCUGAGAUUGAUGUUACAACACCAAAUGAAGAGGAACGCUUAGAUAUUCUCAAGCUUUACACAAAAAGGCUUCCUUUGGAUCCUAGUGUUGACUUGCAAUUUAUAGCUUCAUCUUGUAACGGUUAUGUUGGAGCUGAUAUAGAAGCUUUAUGUCGUGAGGCCGCCAUGUAUGCAGCUAAAGAACAUCCGGAUGAAAAUCAAGGAGGCGUGUUUAGCUUGACAAUGGAUGAUUGGAUCCAUGCCAAGUCUAAAAUAGGUCCAAGCAUAACAAGAGGUGUUACUGUGGAAAUUCCAAAAAUCACUUGGGAUGAUAUUGGGGGGUUAAAAGAUUUGAAGAUUAAGCUCAAGCAAUCUGUUGAGUGGCCAUUAAAACAUGCUUCUGCCUUUUCAAGAUUGGGAGUAUCACCUGUCCGUGGGAUCCUUCUUCAUGGACCUCCGGGAUGCUCAAAAACUACUCUUGCCAAAGCUGCAGCUCAUGCUGCCCAGGCUUCAUUUUUUUCCUUGAGUGGUGCAGAAUUAUUUUCUAUGUAUGUCGGGGAAGGUGAAGCUUUGUUGCGCAACACAUUUAGGAGAGCACGCCUUGCAGCACCAAGUAUAAUUUUCUUUGAUGAGGCUGAUAUUGUUGCUGCAAAGAGAGGAGGGAAUUCAAGUGGCAGCAGCACAGUUGGAGAGAGGCUAUUGUCUACUUUGCUGACUGAAAUGGAUGGUUUAGAGCAGGCCAAAGGAAUUCUUGUUUUGGCUGCCACGAAUCGCCCUUAUGCAAUUGAUUCUGCACUUAUGCGACCUGGACGCUUUGAUUUAGUUCUUUAUGUUCCACCACCAGAUUUAGAAUCUAGAUAUGAGAUACUUCGAGUACAUACACGUCACAUAAGUGUGGCUUCUGAUGUUGAUUUAAGACAAUUAGCAAAAGAUACAGAGCUUUUUAAUGGAGCCGAGUUGGAGGGACUAUGCAGGGAAGCUGGAUUUUUAGCAUUAAGAGAAAACAUUUCUGCAAAAAUAGUGUGUAAUCGCCACUUCAGAACUGCCAGGAGCUCACUAAAGCCAAGUCUCAGCAGGGAAGAUAUUAUUUCUUAUUCCUCUUUUAGAAAGAAUCCAUCUCCAAUUUCAUCUGGCACCGUCAAAUCCAAUUCCAAGCAGAAAAACAAGAAUUUCUUGGGUUCAGCGGCUCCUGUUACAGUUGUCUUUGUACUUUCAGUUUUAUAUGCCGGCUUCAAAUAUAUUCUCCAGCAUCCUGAUGUAGUAGUACCUAGUGAACUUGCAACCACCUGAAGAUGCUGGAGAGAGACGGGAGGAAUGAAUGGCCAUACCAGCUUUCCAUUUUGUCCGAUUCCUACAAACCGCGGUUGAUGUUUUCGGAAAUGCUGUGAUGAUAUUUAAGUGCCAAUAUGAUGCAGGUGCUAUAAAGAAAUGCCAUUUGAGGUAUUUAACCAUCCACACCAACACAAGAGCAGCAGUUUGCUAAGCAUGCAAAACCUUUCUGACAACUUGGAACUACUGUAUACUGAGAUUUACUUGGAAAGAAACUGGUUUAAAUUUUGUUUCAGCCCAUUUUUUAUCAAGGCCCAACGGGCCUGAUAGUGUAGCCACAUUAUUAUCAUCUUUCAUCUCCCAAUAUAUAUAUUCUUAGCUUAUUUGGGAGUGCAAAAACAAUUCAAAUUUAUUUAAUUUAUUACUGUUUAUUUUAUA